UUCCACCCGGACAUAAAAACAAAACUGGUGUCAUUUCCGGUGGCUCUGCAUGCCAGCACAGUCCUCCUCUGGUACCAGGCGGUUGAAUGGCUGUUAGCUGGUGUUGAUAUGUAUAAUUUCCAAUCACUUUCUGAUGAAACGUGAUCAGAAUAUGUGCUGGAGAGGGGGCUGUGAGCGCCUGACAUUAAUCAGCUAAGUUCGAGGAUAACGUUACCUUCGCGGGUCGAAUGAGUAAAACGUUAGGUUACAAUGACUUCUGUGACGCUGAAGAGGGUUUACAAGGAGCUGCCAGUGUGGAUAGUCGAGGACCACCAUGAUGUGGUGUGUCAUAUUUAUCGUGCCAUUGCAUCAAGACACCUCCCACUGAAGAACAUAAAGAUGGUUCAUUUAGACUCCCAUCCUGAUCUGCUCAUCCCUGUCAACAUGCCUGCUGACACUGUCUUUGAUAAGGAGAAACUCUUCAGUGAAUUGAGUAUAGAAAACUGGAUUAUGCCCAUGGUGUAUGCUGGCCACGUGUCCAGUGUGGCAUGGCUGCAUCCUUAUUGGGCCCAGCAGAUCAGAGAAGGAGAGCACAGAAUGGCUGUCGGAAGAGACCUAUCCACCACCACCAUCAGGGUGACCAGUACUGAUAACUACUUUCUCAGUGAUGGUCUGUAUGUUGCUGAGGAGCAGCUGGAGAAUUCUAAACCUCUCAGGCUAAAUGUGGUCAAAGUCAAUCCUGUCAAAGCAAGUCACAGGUCACCUCCAGAGAAGAAAACAGGAGAGGACACAGAUAGAUGGUUUGCUAAGAGACCUCGUACAGAAGAGGAUAACAGCGAGGAAGCCGGAUGCUCUGAGCCCCUCUUAACAUGUACUGACGCAUUGCAACCAGCAGAGGGCAUCAAUGGGACAAGCUUGGUGGAUGACGACGAUGAUGAUGAUGAGGAAGGCUCAACCAGUUAUGUUGUUAAGAUAAUGUCAGCUUUUCUAAGUGAGACAGAGCCAUACAUCUUGGACAUUGACUUGGACUUCUUCUCAUGUAAGAAUCCCUUCAAGGAGUUGUACACAGAGGAAGAGUACGCCAUCCUUAAGGAGCUCUACAGCUUCAGAGGACCCAACCCUGAUGCUGAUGAGGAGGAGCUUGGAGAGUGCGUAGAUCGUCGUGUACGUCAGUUAGAAGACCUGGAAGCGGCAUUCGCUGAUUUGCUAGAGGAUGACGGGGAAGAGACAGUCACACGCUGGGCCAGCCACCCUGGCAUGGCUUCAUUAGCCCAGCUGGUUUCCAGUUUGAAGCUGAAAAAUCUGUCCCCUGACUAUGAAAUGGUGCAUCAGGCAGGGUUAACCUGCGACACCGUUGAGCUCCCUCACCACAUCAGCACUGAUGAGGAGAUCGACAGACUCAUCUCAGCUGUACAGCUGUUUCUGAAGGGUCUGCCCAAACCUACACUGGUGACUGUGUCCAGGUCCAGUUUAGACGAAUACUGCCCAGUAAAGCAGGUGGAUUCAGUUCAGAGCAGAGUACUAGCUCUACUGGAGAGCAUGUAUGGACCACUGGAUUUACACAAAGACUAUGAAAACAGCAGCUUGGAGAUUCAGGAUGGCCAACCUCAGGCCUCUUAACAAAAGUUAACACACAUGUCACUUUUGGAUAAAGUGGAUAUACUAUUUAAAGACAACCACAUGAACAAUGACACAUCAGAUGCUGUUAUAAUGAGUCUUAAAGUAAAUUUAUGUUCUGCAUACAACAGCUGAAACAUAUUUUAUGGCGAUUGGUCAUGAUUGCUUUAUGUGAUGUGUUAAAAAAAAAAAUGCUGAUGGAA